AUGACAAGAAGAUAUUGGAACAUCAAUUUGAAAGAAAUGAUAGAAGCGGGAGUUCAUUUUGGUCAUGGUAUUAAGAAAUGGAAUCCUAAAAUGGCCCCUUACAUUUCGGCAAAGCGUAAAGGUACUCAUAUUACAAAUCUCGCUAGAACGGCUCGUUUUUUAUCAGAAGCUUGUGAUUUAGUUUUUGAUGCAGCAAGUCAGGGAAAAAGUUUCUUAAUUGUUGGUACCAAAAAAAGAGCAGCGGAUUUAGUAGCAUCAGCUGCAAUAAGGGCUCGUUGUCAUUAUGUUAAUAAAAAGUGGUUCAGUGGUAUGUUAACGAAUUGGUCAAUUACGAAAACUAGACUUUCUCAAUUUAGAGACUUAAGAGCAGAAGAAAAGAUGGGAAAAUUCCACCAUCUCCCAAAAAGAGAUGUGGCAAUCUUGAAAAGAAAAUUAUCUACCUUGCAAAGAUAUCUCGGCGGGAUCCAAUAUAUGACGAGGUUGCCAGACAUUGUGAUCGUCCUUGAUCAGCAAAAAGAGUAUAUAGCUCUUCGGGAAUGUGCCAUUUUGGGGAUUCCUACUAUUUCUUUAGUUGAUACAAAUUGUGACCCAGAUCUCGCGAAUAUAUCGAUUCCAGCCAACGAUGACACUAUGACUUCAAUUCGAUUGAUUCUUAACAAAUUAGUAUUUGCUAUUUGUGAGGGCCGUUCUCUCUAUAUAAGAAACCUUUAA